AUUUUAAAUUCAACUUUCAGGGUAUUAAACUCUAUCUAGCUCAUGUAAAUUAGAUCUUUGUCAAUUUGUGUGGUUGUUUAAACUUAAAGACUUUCUCAAAUACCUGAAUACUCGCUAUUGGUCAUCGAACAUUGAGUAUAUUGGACACCUGGGCACAUAUCAACAAUAAUACAUGGCUGCCGGUAUCCCCAGAAGAAUUAUAAAGGAAACACAAAGAUUAGUGUCAGAUUCUCCACCUGGUAUAUGUGCCAUUCCUGUUGAAUCGAAUGCGCGUUAUUUUAAAGUAACAGUCGUAGGUCCACAAGAUUCACCAUAUGAAGGGGGUAUAUUCAAAUUAGAAUUAUUUUUACCUGAGGACUAUCCUAUGGCACCACCAAAAGUUCGUUUUAUGACAAAAAUUUAUCAUCCAAAUAUUGAUAAACUUGGAAGAAUAUGUCUAGAUAUUUUAAAAGAUAAGUGGAGCCCAGCACUACAGAUAAGAACGGUUUUGCUUUCAAUACAAGCUUUAUUAAGUGCACCUAAUCCAGAUGAUCCUCUAGCUAAUGAUGUUGCAGAGGCUUGGAAACUAGAUGAAAAUUCGGCAAUUAAAAAAGCUAAAGAAUGGACCAAGUUGCAUGCCAGAAAGAAUAAUGAUAGCUCAAAGAAAUAAAAGUUCUCGGAACCUUUUUCCUUGACUCUUUGCACACUGUUUUCACCUGUGCUGCCGUCAUUUCCUUAUGUGUUCAUGUCUUUGUUACAAUUAUUUUAUUAUUAUACUAUUGUGAUGUGACCAUUAAGAAAUGACAUUACAUAUCAGUCAGUCCUGAGUAACAACUCUGCAAUCAGUUUUUUGUCUUCUCCAUCAUCACAUCUAGUUUUUUUAGGUUAGAAAUAAUGGAUCAUAUUUAUGUACAAUUUUAACUUUGUAAAUUUGAUUGAAUUUAAUCCCGAUGAUGCAAAUUUGAAAAAGUUAAUGUAAAGCAUUUGUUUUUGAUGUAUUCAUUGUUCAGGGUUUAUUUAUGCCAGUACUUUAAUCAUUUCAUGUAACAAUAUUUUUCACAGCCUAUUAGGAUCAUUCACGUAUGAUAUAAACGCACUUGGGGUUAGUUAAUUCUGAAAUUUCAAUGUGUAAAAAUGUUCAAUAAUACUACAGUUUCUUCGGUUAGCUGUGAUAAAACAAUUUCAUUGAGUGGAAGGCGAAAUAAAAAUCAAAUUGUUGAUGGGAAAAGGUUUAAAAUGUCCGCAUUAGAUCCAAGCUUGUAAUGUAACAGAUUAUGAAAUUAAAUCACCCAGUGUAAAUGUGACUUGUUUGAACAUAACUGGAAAGAUUAAUUAAUUAUUGGGCAAAAAUUCAAUCUUCGAGUAUCAUUCCUCUGUUUCACAGUGUAAAAUAAUGUGAACUGAUUCGUUUGCGGCUAGAUACUGGCACAAACUACAGAGUUGUACUUUUAAUUGGUUCCCAUAGUUAUAAUAAUUUUAUUUCUUAACUAUUGUGGCUUGACUUGUUUAUUAUACUUGCUCUGAAUGGAAUUCGAUAGACAUUUGA